AUGUCCGACGACCAACAGACCCGCCAGGGCAUCGCCAUUGAUCCAGAGGCUACGGGCGUAGAAUGUGAUUCCACAGCUGAUGCAGAGAGCACCCACUCCUCAGUAGCGUCUGUCUCGUCAAGCAUCUACGAGUAUCGCAAGAUUCAAGGCAGGACAUAUCAGAGUUCUCACACAACUGAUUACUGGGCUCCUAAUGACGACAAGCAUGUUGAGGCUUUUGACGUGGCACACGAAUGGCUUACCAUGAUGCUUGACGACAAGCUUUAUCGGAUACUCGACAUUGGAACUGGCACUGGUAUCUGGGCAAUUGACAUGGCAGAUAAGUUCCCUUCGGCAGAGGUCAUCGGAGUUGACAUCUCGCCUACCCAACCAUCCUGGAUCCCACCGAAUCUCAAGUUCCAAAUCGACGAUGCGCAGCUUGACUGGACGUUUGAGCCUGAUUCCUUCGACUUUAUCCAUAUCCGUUACAUGCACGGCGCCUUUGAUGAUUGGCAGAGAUUUUAUCGCCAAAUGUUCAAAGCUUUGAAGCCUGGUGGCUGGUUCCAGCAUAUCGAGCCUGACAUCCAUCUGAAAUGCGACAACGCAUACUCGGUAGCUGAGAAUGAAACAUUUCGGCAGUGGGCUCAGCUAUUCUACGAUGCUGGCGACAAGAUUGGACGUACUUUCAACAUCACUAAUGGACUCAUGCAGGACGCUGCUCGAGAUGCAGGGUUCGAAGACAUUGUCCAUAAAGUACAUAUCAUCCCACUAGGCGAAUGGCCAAAGGAUGUUAAGCGCAAAAGGCAAGGGCAGUUUGUCGGUUUGUACAUGGAUCUCAGUCUAGAUGGCUUUGCGCUGUAUCCCAUAGGCCAGAUCCUCGGCUGGAGCCGUGAAGAGGUUGAGGUUCUCGUGGCAAAGAUGCGGGCUAUUAUUCGAAAUCCGAAACAUCUUGCCAGUGGCGACAUGCAUUUGGUCUACGGUCGAAAGCCCAUCCAGACCUAG